AUGGGGUCACAGCUGGGGGCAGGAGCUGUGGCAGUGGCCGUCCUGCUGGGCUGUCCUCCCUGUGUUAGGGGCACCAUUAGUGACUGGUGGUGUUGUCUUGGCAGCGGUUUGAGCUGGGAGCCCCGUUCCCGCGCAGUGGAGCAGGUCCACCUGCGCUGCACCGAGGGUUCCCUGGAAUGGACGUACCCAGCGCGCGCCCUGCGCGUCGUUCUGGAGCCCAACCUCUCCAGUGCCCGGCACACCACUGUCUGCAUCAAGCCCGCCAGCGACUUCCAGGGUGCCAGCAUCUACGUGGAACGUGCUGGGCAGCUGCACCUGGUGGUAGGCGAGGCACAGGGGGCUCGACCCCGCCACGUGUCCUGCUUCAGCGCCCAGAGGCCGCAGCGAGUGGCCCUGUUCCUGCAGGCCAGCCCGCACAGGGACAUCGGCCGCCGCACGGCCCGCUUCCGGUACGAGCUGCUCAGCAACCAGAGCACUGCUGGCCCCGACUUUAAAAAGAUGACACUGGUCGAAGCUAUGUGCCGGCCUUGUGACAACGUGGAACUUCUCAUGGCCAUUUGCAGCAGUGAUUUUGUGGUGAAAGGAUCUAUCCGAAAUGUUUCCCACGACUCAGAGAGCCACAUGUCCCAGGUUGAUGUCAGCGUCCAGAAACUCUACAGGCAGAAAAACAGAAUUUUCCAGCAGGAUGAAGCAAGUGGUGAAUGGCGAGGCCCUAUAGGAACCCUGCUGCAGUGCAAGGUGAAGAAGGGAGAUGGAGAUUUCCUUUUCACUGGAAAUGAACAUUUUGGUGAGGCUUGGUUGGGCUGUGCUCCUCGGUUCAAAGAUUUCAUGUUCAUUUACCAGGCUGCCACAGAAAGAGGAGCCAACCCCUGUGAGUUUCAGCUCAACUGA